AUGAAGGUUCCUGAUGGAGUUACAGCCCCUCAUCCGAAUCAAGUUUGCAAACUCCAGAAAUCUUUGUACGGCCUUAAACAGGCCAACAGACAGUGGAAUGCUCGCCUCACCACUGAACUCUUAGCUCUUGGUUACUCCCAAUCAUCUGCUGACCAUUCCUUGUUCACUAAGGUCAGCAAUGGUUCCUUUACUGCAUUAUUAGUCUACGUUGAUGACAUGGUUUUAACUGGGAAUAACCUUGAUGAAAUACAAUCAGUCAAAAAUCAUCUAGAUCAUUUGUUCCGUAUCAAGGAUCUUGGUCCUUUAAAGUUCUUCCUUGGACUUGAAAUUGCCCGUUCACAACAUGGCAUAGUGGUCAAUCAACGUAAGUAUGUCCUGGAGUUGCUCUCAGAUAGUGGUCUACUUGGUGCACGCCCUGCUUCCACACCUAUAGAGCCCACUUUGCGUAUGUGUCAGGAUCAAGGAGAAAUUUAUGAUGAUCCAGCAGUGUAUCGUAGACUUAUAGGACGCUUGCUCUAUCUAGCUAACACUAGACCCGAUAUUUCCUUUACUGUCCAGCAACUCAGCCAAUUUAUGGCACGUCCAAUGAAGGCUCAUUAUAAUGCAGCUUGCAGAGUCCUUCGAUAUCUAAAGGGAUCCCCUGCUAAAGGCCUGUUUUCCCCUUCUCAGAAUCACCUCACACUCACAGGGUUUGCAGACGCUGAUUGGGCUACUUGCCCGGACACUCGUCGUUCUACAACUGGCUUCUGCACUUUCCCUGGAUCAGCCUUAGUCUCAUGGAAAUCCAAAAAGCAAACUACAGUCAGUCGCUCAUCUGCCGAAGCUGAAUACCGUGCUUUGGCCACUCUCACUUGUGAGCUUCAAUGGCUCACUUACUUGCUCCAUGAUUUACACGUUGAUACUCCAGGACCUGCAAUGGUUUACUGCGAUAACCAAGCAGCCGUUCAUCUAGCUCGUAAUCCAUCUUUUCACGAACGUAGCAAGCACAUUGAGCUUGACUGUCACGUUACAAGAGAAAAGAUUCUAAAUGGUUUGAUUCGUUUGAUGCCCAUUUCCACUUCACAACAGAUUGCAGAUAUGUUUACUAAGGGACUUCACCCAGCUCCUUUUCGAACGUUUAUGGACAAGUUGGGAUUUAGAGACAUCCACCUCCCAACUUGA